AUGGAGAACAGUACAGAGGUGACUAAGUUCAUUCUUGCAGGGUUAACAGAUGACCCAGAGCUCCAGGUCCCACUCUUCAUUGUCUUCCUUCUCAUCUAUCUCAGCACUGUGCUUGGCAACCUGGGCAUGAUAGGGUUGAUUCUGCUGGACUCACAUCUCCACACUCCCAUGUACCUUUUCCUCAGCCACCUCUCUCUGGUGGACUUUGGUUAUUCUUCAGCUGUCACACCCAAAGUGAUAGCAGGUCUCCUUUCAACAGAUAAAGUCAUAUCCCAUGACGCUUGUGGCACCCAAUUCUUCUUCUUUGUGGGCUUUAUAACCACAGAAAGUUUCCUCCUGGCUGUCAUGGCUUAUGACCGCUAUGCAGCAGUGUGUCAGCCCCUGCAUUAUACCACCACCAUAACCACAAACACAUGUGCUUGCCUGACUAUAAGCUCCUAUGUCUGUGGCUUCCUGAAUUCCUCCAUCCACACUGGGAACAUUUUCAGGCUGUCCUUUUGCAAGUUCAAUGUGAUAGACCACUUCUUCUGUGACGCCCCUCCUCUCCUGGCCCUCUCAUGCUCAGACACCUCUGUCACUGAGAUGGUGAUUUUCUUUGUGGUGGGUUUUAAUGCUCUCUUCUCUAUUGUAGUCAUCUUGAUCUCCUACCUAUUUAUAUUCGUCACUAUUUUGAGGAUGCGCUCAUCUGAAGGACGCCAGAAGGCCUUUUCCACCUGUGCUUCCCACCUCACUGCAGUCUCCAUCUUCUAUGGCACAGUCAUCUUCAUGUACUUACAGCCCAGCUCCAGCCACACCAUGGGCACUGACAAGAUGGCAUCUGUAUUCUACACCAUGGUCAUCCCCAUGCUGAACCCUCUGGUCUAUAGCCUGAGGAACAAAGAGGUCAAGGGUGCAUUCAAAAAAGCUGUGGGGAAUGCAAAAUCUUCUAUAACACUCAAAUUUUAG